GAGAGGGAGGGAGGGCUGGCAAGCACAGCAAACGCCUGCCCUGAUCUCACUACCUGAGGAAAACCACUUCAAGGGCACAGGAGUCACACAGUGUACACAAGCCUGAGUACAGAGGAAUUUUACUGCCAAAAUCGUAGCCGCCUGCAGCCUGAGUGGAUUGUACUCACUCAAAUUUGACAAAAGGGCUACACAGAGAUGGCUGAGGCGCAUCAGGCGGUGGGCUUCCAGUUCACUGUGCGCCCAGAUGGUGUUGACGUUAAACUAAGCCAAGAGGUCAUCAAAAACAUCUAUUUAUCUGGUGUCACUGCAUGGAAGAAAAGGGCGAUACAAUUCAAGAAUGGUGUUUUGGCUGGAGUCUACCCAGCCAGUCCUUCCAGUUGGCUGAUAGUUGUAAUUGCAAUGAUGAGUACUCUGUAUAUCCGCAUAGACCCCUCUCUCGGAAUGAUUGACGCCAUCAAGGAAAACCUACCACAAAGAGACUACAUGUCAGUGCAGACCCGAGCAGUGCUGAGUGCCAUCCUGUUUGCUACUGGAUUGUGGCUGUUCCUUAUUUUCCUCUUAAGAUACACUCUCAAAGCCCUACUCUCCUAUCAUGGCUGGAUUUUUGAGUCCCAUGGAAGAAUGAGUACCUCUACCAAAGUAUGGUUGACCCUGGUCAAGAUGUUCUCUGGGCGCAGACCACUGCUGUACAGCUUCCAGGCCUCCUUACCCAGACUCCCUGUACCUAGUGUGGACGAUACCAUUCAUAGGUACCUUGAGUCAGUCCGUCCCUUGUUGGACAAUGAAAAGUUCAACCAAAUGGAGAUUUUAGCCAAUGACUUCAGGGACUCAAAGGCAGCGAGACUACAGAGAUACCUGGUUCUUAAAUCCUGGUGGGCAACAAAUUAUGUAAGCGACUGGUGGGAGGAGUACAUCUACCUCAGAAGCAGGGGUCCCAUAAUGGUCAAUAGUAACUUCUAUGUAAUGGAUCUCUUGUACAUAACUCCAACACACCGACAGGCUGCACGUGCGGGUAAUGUCGUCCAUGCAAUGCUACAGUACAGACGCAAACUGGAGCGUGGUGAACAUGCACCGCUAAGGGCUUUGGGGACUGUUCCUAUGUGCUCCACCCAGAUGGAGAGGAUAUUUAACACCACCCGCAUCCCUGGCAUUGAAACAGAUAUUGUCCAGCAUCUGACAGACCGUAAACACCUUGUUGUGUAUCACAAGGGCCGCUUUUUCCAAGUAUGGCUGUACACCGGAGGGCGCCACCUUCUACCCAGUGAACUUGAGAUGCAGUUUCAGAGGAUCCUCAAUGACACAUCAGAACCACAGCCAGGGGAACUCAAACUAGCUGCACUGACUGCAGGCAACAGAGUACCAUGGGCUCGGGCUCGGAUCCAGUAUUUCACUCAAGGAGUAAACAAAGCCUCCCUGGAUGCUAUUGAGUCAGCCGCCUUCUUCCUGACACUGGAUGAUGAGCCGCAGGGCUAUGACUCUGCAAAGAGCAAUUCACUCGACAGUUACGCCAAGUCUCUGCUUCAUGGAAAAUGUUAUGAUAGGUGGUUUGACAAAUCUUUCACCUUAAUCUCUUAUCCAAAUGGGAAAAUGGGUGUAAAUGCAGAACAUUCUUGGGCAGAUGCACCAAUUGUUGGACAUAUGUGGGAGUAUGUCCUUGCCACAGACUGCUUCCAUCUUGGCUACACAGAGGAGGGGCACUGUAAAGGGGAUGUAAACAAAGGCCUGCCUUUUCCAAACAGACUCCAGUGGCAGCUUCCAGAGGAGUGCCAAGAGGUCAUCGAGGCAUCAUACCUAUCAGCCAAGCAGAUAGCUGAUGAUGUGGACUUCCAUGGUUAUCUCUUCAAUGAAUUUGGAAAAGGCCUGAUUAAGAAGUGCAGGACUAGCCCUGAUGCCUUCAUUCAGCUGGCCCUGCAGUUGGCUCAGUUCAGGGACCAAAGAGUUUUCUGUCUCACGUACGAGUCAUCAAUGACUCGUAUGUUCAGAGAUGGUCGGACAGAGACUGUACGGUCCUGCACCUCUGAGGCUGUGGCGUUUGUCAGAGCCAUGGAGGACCCAGGUGCAACAAAUGCCCAGAGACUUGCCCUAUUUCGGAAGGCAGCUGAUAAGCACCAGAACAUGUACCGCCUGGCCAUGACUGGUUCAGGUAUCGAUCGACAUCUCUUCUGUCUCUACAUUGUGUCCAAAUACCUCGGUGUUGACUCACCAUUUCUCAAGCAGGUCCUCUCAGAGCCCUGGAAGCUGUCCACCAGUCAGACACCUCAACAGCAGCUCAAUUUAGUUGAUAUCAACAAAUUUCCAAAAUAUGUGGGUGCUGGUGGUGGAUUUGGCCCAGUGGCUGAUGAUGGUUAUGGUGUGUCUUACAUCAUUAUUGGGGAAAACCUUAUCACAUUCCACAUCUCCAGCAAAUUUUCCAGCCCUGACACAGACUCAUACCGCUUUGGCCAGCACAUUCAGAGUGCUAUGCUUGAUAUUCAAGAACUUUUCAAACCUAUAAAUGACAAGAAGACGGUGGAACUUGCAAAUCAUGUACAGCUAGAAAAUGGGAAAAAGCACAUUUAAGUGCCGGGUGCUAUACUGAAGUGAACUCAAUGAUUUGUCAUGCUUCAUGGAUCAAACUGAAUGUUCAUCAUCAUACUGUAAAGUGUAUUGGCAAACGACAUGAAUAUUUCCUGAUGUUGAAAGGUUACACUUGUUUUUCCUGUGCAAAACCAUUAGAGCAGGUCAUUCCACAAUGCCAUACAAAGGUAAUAUUUAUUUCUAAGUAUUUAUAUUGUACCUUAAAGAGGUGCUUAGUUUUGGUGAUGUGGGAAUGAUUUGAAUAUUUGACUUUUUUUUCUCUGUUUGCAUUAAUUUAAUUUUUGUCUCUGUAUAUAAAGAGUGUAAAUACAUAUAACUGAAGAACUGCACUUUGUUUGAAAAUGUUAAAUCUUUGUUACACGUUAGGGUAUAUCUAAUGAUUACUUUUAAGAAACUGCCAUUUUUGAUGACAAAAUAAAAUGUCAUAUAGUUCAUCAUUACAGCUUUUGUGCCAUUAAACUAACGGCGGACAAA